GCGUCUUCUUUUUUGUUUAAAAGAAAAUGAUAACUAAAGUUUUAAAUAACAAACGAUUGAUUCGACACUAUGCCACUGUAGGUAUCCGUCGGGAAGAUAAAAGUCGAUGGGAACGUCGUGCUGCCUUGACGCCAAGUGCAGUUAAGAAGUUGAUUCAGGAAACGGGGACACAAGUUUACAUCCAACCGAGUACCAAACGUAUCUUUACAAACGAAUCUUAUGAAAAGGCGGGUGCAAUGAUUACCGAGGAUAUCUCGAAAGCAAACAUAAUUCUUGGUAUCAAGGAGGUUCCUGAAUCUGCCUUAUUGAGUGACAAGACGUACGUCUUCUUCUCUCAUACACAUAAAGGAAACAAGAAAAAUAUGCCAAUGUUACAAAAGAUCCUUGACAAGAAUAUACGUUUAAUCGACUACGAGUUGAUGAAGGACGAAACUGGUAAAAGACUUGUUGCUUUUGGUCACUAUGCUGGUAAUGCCGGUAUGAUUGAUAGUUUGCACGGUAUGGGCCAUAGAUUUCUCGGUUUAGGAUAUAGCACGCCUUUUAUGUACAUCUCAAAAGCACAUGCGUAUCCUACCAUUGCCGAAGCAAAGCUAGCGCUGAAUAGAAUGGGCGAGGAGAUUGUUAAAAAUGGCACACCAAAGGAUUUUGGACCAUUGGUGUAUGGUUUUACAGGGUCUGGAAAUGUUACUCAGGGAGCUUUGGAGAUUUUCAAAGAAGUGCCUCAUGAAUUUGUCCCUGCAGAAGAUCUUGCAAAAAUAGUAAAUGACAAGAAUCCUAGAUUAGAUAAAGUAUAUGGAGUUCAGCUAGAAGUCAAGGAUUAUGUCGAACAAAAAAGCGGAAAGCCAUUAGUGGAUUAUGAAGACUAUUUGAACCACCCUGAAAAGUAUCAAUCUAAUUUUCAUAAAACGAUUGCACCUUAUACUAAUUGUGUUGUCACGGGUGCAUACUGGGACGAACGUUAUCCACGUCUUUUGACCAACGAGCAAUUAUGUGAUUUUGAAAAGCUAAAGUUGAAUGGUGAUAUCAAAAAGGGAAAGAUGAUGGCCCUAGCCGAUAUUGUAUGUGACGUAAAAGGCGCAUUUGAAUGCUUAUCACAUAGUACAAAUGUGGAUGACGGUUUCUUCUAUUAUGACGCCAUUAAAAAUCAAGAACAUGACAAUGCCGAAGGUCCAGGUAUACAAGUCAUGGGAAUUGAUAUCUUGCCUGCUGAGUUCCCAGUAGAAAGUAGCGAAUUCUUUAGUAAAGCACUGUAUCCGUUCAUAAAAGAGAUGGUUAAUGCUGAACCAAACCCACCACUUGAUCAAUUGUCACCUCUUUUGCGUAACGCUACUAUUGCAGAUCAUGGAGAAUUAACAAAACCUCAUCAGGCAUUAAAUGCCAUGUUACCAAACAGUACAGGUAAAAGCAGUAGUCUUGGUAAUAAGAAGACGGUUUUAUUAUUAGGGUCUGGGAUGGUUGCUGCACCCUUGGUAGAACAUUUAAUGAAUAGACCGGAUGUGAAAAUCGUAGUUGCAAGUAACGUCAUGGAGGAGGCACGAGCUUUAGUGUCAGGUUACUCGAAUGCCGAAUCUGUCCCUUUAGAUAUUUCAAACCAUGAGGACUUAACCCGUCUUGUGGAAAAAGCUGACGUGGUGGUCAGUCUGGUACCUGCAUUUUUACAUACAAAGGUUGCAGAUGUUUGUAUUGCGCGAAGAAAGCAUAUGGUGACAGCUAGUUAUGUAUCUCCCGAAAUGGAAGCAUUGCAGACAAAAGCACAAAAGGCUGGUAUUUUAAUCAUGAAUGAGGUUGGUCUGGAUCCUGGCAUUGAUCAUAUGUCUGCCAUGAAGAUUAUUGAUGAAGCCAAAUUAGCCGGCAAAAAGAUCCGAUCGUUCAUUUCGUGGUGUGGUGGAUUACCGUCUCCUGAAGCCUCUAACGUUCCACUGGGUUACAAAUUUAGCUGGUCCCCACGUGGUGUAUUGACGGCUAGCGGUAAUGAUGCUACCUAUUGGUCAAAUGGAAAGACCCAUACUAUUGCUGGAGAUAAUUUAUUAAAGGAACACUUCCCGGUUGUACAAACUCCUUAUGCUGGGUUUGUAUUUGAAGGAUUGGCAAAUCGUAACUCCCUUGGGUAUGCAGACAUUUAUGGACUUGGAGAGCUCUCACAAAUGGAUACCAUGUUUCGUGGUACCUUGAGAUAUCAAGGUUACUCUGAUUUAUUGUAUGCGUUCCGUAAAUUAGGAUUUUUAGAACAAUCAAAAUCUCUAUCGCAAUGCCAAACCUGGUCAGGGUAUUUUGACACUGUGUUGUCGGGUAAGACAGGAUUAACUUCGAGUGAAAGAUAUGAAACAAUGGUGGAGAAAUUAGGGUUGCCAAGAGACCAUGAGAUGACAGAAAAAGUUUGGUCUGCCAUCUCCUUCUUUUUGUCAGACAAAUCUGCAGAUUUCAAAAACACAAAUGGUUCAGCCUUGGAUGUAUUCUCUUCUCUUUUAUCAAAGAGACUCAAGUAUGAAAAAGGGGAAAGGGAUAUGGUGGCUAUGCAUCAUGAAUUCGGAAUUGAACAUUCGUCGGGUAAAAAGGAAACAUUGACAUCAACAUUGAUUAAAUACGGCAAUGAAAAACAUACAGCCAUGGCGGAUACAGUAGGAUUACCUACAGCGAUGGCCGUUGAAUUAGUCCUGGACAAUGUUAUUCCAGAGAGGGGUAUAUUAAGACCAAUUAAGCCGCAUGUAUAUCUUCCAAUUCUGGAUCAACUCGAGAUGAAGGGAAUUCAGUUUGUUGAAAGAACAGAACCGUAUCGUGACAAUAGACUUGUGGCAACUGGUUCCAAUACUUGGUAAACAAUCACAUUGUUUUAAUACAUAAUAAAUAUGAUAUGAUUUUCACAACAA